AUGCAGGCCUCUCCUCAGCUCCGACCUAGGUGUCCCUCCGGUGCGGCCUAUUCCCGGGACCUCUUCGGCGCGGCCUGUCCCCCGGAUAACUCCGGUGCAGCCUAUCCCUGGGACCUCUCCGGUGCGGCCUAUUCCCGGGACCUCUCCGGUGCGGCCUAUCCCCGGGAGCUCUCCGGUGCGGUCUAUCCCCGGGAGCUCUCCGGUGCGGCCUAUCCACGGGAUCCCUCCGGCGCGGCCUAUUCCCGGGAACCAAUCGGUGCAGCCUAUUCACGGGACCCCCUCCCCGGUGCGGUCUGUGUGUCCGAGCGGAGGGGCAGUGCUCGAGUCGGCUGGAUAUCGGACAUCGUUGUGGUCGUAGCCGCGGAAAGCGUCGGUUUGAUGAAGUCCGUCGUUCACAAAUAUGGACACAAACGUAUAACUCUGGUGGAAGGCGGGCUGACGCGUCACCGGUCCAUCCUCAGCGGGCUCCGAGCUUUCCUAGAAGAUCAUUCGCUGGGGCCGGCGCUGCAGAAGCCGGAGGUGGUGAUCAUCCACGAUGCCGUCCGUCCGUUCGUGGGGGAAGAUGUCCUGCUGCAAGUCGCCCGAUCAGCCAAGGAGAACGGUGCAGCCGGCGCGGUGCGUCCAUUGGUGUCCACAGUCAUCGCUUCCUCCUCCGAUGGAUGUCUGGCCCAUUCCCUGGAACGGGCGAAGCACAGAGCCAGUGAGAUGCCGCAGGCUUUCCUGUUCGAUGUCAUCUAUAAUGCGUACCUUCAGUGCACUGACUACGACCUGGAUUUUGGCACGGAGUGCUUACAUUUGGCCCUGGAGUACAGUAAAGUCAGAGCGAAGUUAGUGGAAGGACCCCCCGACCUGUGGAAGGUGACCUACAAGCGAGAUUUAUACGCAGCUGAGUCAAUUAUUAAAGAGUGCCUGGGUAAACAGCUCUGUAUUAUAACUCAUUGUAAAGAAGACGCCAUCCAGAUUGGAUUUCUGCUCCAUGAAACUCUCAAAUCCCAGAUAAAGAACGUGAAAGCAAUUUCAUCAUCAAUGUGCAAAACCGGCCAUGACCUGCUGAGCAUUUUGCAAGGACAGUGCUACAACUUUGUUUGCAUCAAUGUAAAAGAAUCCGAUUUCGAGGAAACCCAGAAACUAACGGCCUUACUUCAGACUGCUGGAGUGUGUCCUUCCUACCCGUCUGUCAUUGUGUCAGUCCAUCUGGAUUUUCCAGAUCAGAGCGGAACGCAGGACCUAAGUGGGAUCCGAGACUUCGCCAAAGAAGCACAAAAAUCCGAUGUGUUGGUUUACGGUCUUCUGAUACGUUUUUCUAAGGAUGAAGUUCGGCUUCAAGAAAACGUUGAGGAAGCCUCUGCAAUCAUCAUGGGGCUGAUCAAGGACCGGAACCCAGUGCUCACCGGGCAGAUAUUGGUCGCAGGAAAGUAAUGUUGAGGGAAUACGUAUACAAAAGCUUUGUAACUGGUAAUGUGCGCUGCCAAAACUUUCAGUGCAGUGGCUG